ACCAAUACACUUUCGAUUUCAGAGCAUUACAGCCUGAGAUGGAUGGCAGUCACUGCAAAGUUAUUGCUCCUCUCCUGACUCAGAGACACCGGAGGAUGGUUACCAAGGAUGGUCACAGCACGCUUCAAAUGGAUGGCGCGCAAACAGGUCUUGCGUAUCUUCGAGAUGCCUGGGGAACCCUAAUGGACGUGCGCUGGCGCUGGAUGAUGCUGGUCUUCUCCGCCUCUUUUGUUAUCCACUGGCUUGUCUUUGCAGUGCUCUGGUAUAUUCUAGCUGAGAUGAAUGGUGACCUGGGACUAGAUCAUGACGCCCCACCCGAAAACCACACUAUCUGUGUCAAGUACAUCACCAGUUUCGCAGCGGCAUUCUCCUUCUCCCUGGAGACACAGCUCACCAUUGGUUACGGCACCAUGUUCCCCAGCGGUGACUGUCCAAGUGCAAUCGCCCUGCUUGCCAUACAAAUGCUCCUAGGCCUCAUGCUAGAGGCUUUUAUCACAGGUGCCUUUGUGGCGAAGAUUGCCCGGCCAAAAAAUCGAGCUUUCUCAAUUCGCUUUACUGACUUAGCAGUAGUAGCUCACAUAGAAGGCAAACCUAAUCUCAUUUUCCAAGUGGCCAACACCCGACCUAGCCCUCUAACCAAUGUUCGGGUCUCAGCUGUACUCUAUCAGGAACGAGAAAACGGCAAACUCUACCAGACCAGUGUGGACUUCCACCUUGACGGCAUCAGUUCUGAGGAGUGUCCAUUCUUUAUCUUUCCACUCACCUACUACCACUCUAUUACACCAUCAAGUCCUCUGGCUACUCUGCUCCAGCAUGAAAAUCCUCCCCACUUUGAAUUAGUCGUGUUCCUUUCAGCAACGCAGGAAGGCACUGGAGAAACGUGCCAGAGGAGGACAUCCUACCUGCCCGCCGAGAUCAUGUUACAUCACUGUUUUGCAUCUCUGUUGACCCGAGGCUCCAAAGGGGAAUAUCAAAUCAAGAUGGAGAAUUUUGACAAGACUAUUCCUGAAUUUCAAACUCCUCUGGUCUCCAAGAGCCCAAACAGGACUGACCUGGACAUCCACAUCAAUGGACAAAGCGUUGACAGUUUUCAGAUCUCUGAAACAGGACUGAUAGAGUAAGAAGUAUCUAUUUUAGCACCCUAUUUUCUAAUGUAUUAAAUACACUCAGCCAGUUAUGCAGCUAUUUUUCCUUCAUCAUAUUUCAUGUUUUCUUUUUCCAAUGCUGAUUACAUCUUUCUGAUUACAUCAUGGUGAUCAAGCCUCCACCCAUUAAAAAAAAAUGGCUGAGCUAACAAUACAUGUUGUGGAAAUAUAACAUUAUACAAAGUUUCUCUCUGUGGUUAUCUGCUGAAAUCAAUGCACAUGAAGGUAACAGAUUAUAUGUAACAACAGAAA